UCCAUCCUUGACCUUUGAACUGAAACUUGUGAUGCUGCGUAAUCGUACCUAUAAAAUCAAUUCUCAACGAUUUCAGCUAGGAAGUAAAGAUGAAUCCCCCACAAAUCACUCUUAAAUUGAUUGUGUUCUUCCACUUCAUCUUUACAGUAUGGGCAAGCCAGAUUGGAUUUCUUGGUCCAUCAUAUGUAUACAUGAACCUGUUUACAAUGUCACUGGGGGUUUGGAGCAUCGUGCACCACGAAUCUGCUGAGCCAAUCUUUAUGUUCCUGUUGUGUCACCUGUUCUCCAUACUUCAAGACAUCAUCUUGCUUGGAAUCUAUGAACCCAGGGCCUACAAUAUCUACGAGCGUGAUGGUGUAGAUGCAACAGCAAGAAAUGAGUACAGAUUUUCACUUGGCAUGAGCAUAGUGAACCUGAUAAUCAAGCCAGUCACAGCCUUUCUUAUCUACCGGAUAUACGGAGAGCGGGGAGGUAGCUAUGGUGAUUUCCACAUUCCAGGGGUGGGAAACCUGCCUUCAUUUAACCCUGGUAGUCCAACACGUGGUGCCUAUGAAGACAUUGACACGCCCCCAAGUGCCCCCAGUGCAGACGAACCCAACUUUAACGACCAGUAUAACUCGCCUGAAAAACACUAGUGUCCAAUGGGAGCCUUUUUUGUUUUUUAACUGUGCAUUUUUUGCCAUUAUUGGUAUGAUUGUGUGUAUUGAUACUUUUUUUCCAUAUGGAUGUAUUAUUGUAUUGUACUUUUUUCUCCAUAAAAUUGUAUAAAGGACAGAUCGAAGGGUGUUUACGGUUAAGUAGGUAUAGUUACUGAUAUAUUGUUAUUUAACAUAAUGUUAUAAUUGAAUAGGCGAUCUUUAGGUUUGCUUGAAGUUUUGAAAAUAACACUAUUUGGCACGAACAUUUUUGUGAGUUCAAAAUGGUCAUGGCAUUUAUAUACAUGUUUCACUCUUUAUAGAUUUUAUUUUCGAAUUGUUAUUGCUGCUGUGUAUCGUAAUAUAUAUUUAAUUUAGCACACCAAGUUUUACAAUUUUAUUAGACUUCAUUGUAUUUGUUUUAUUGUAAAUUUUAUGCAUCAAAAUGACUUAUAUAAUUCAUUUUAGUAAACAACUCACUGAAACACUCAAUAUGUCAAUGUCAUAAAUCACCAUUUUCCAUCACUUGGACACAAACAAUUUCUGAUAUAAUAUAUAUGAACAUAGUGAAUUGGCCAUGUGCCCAACACCUGUGAUGUGAACACCUGUGAUGGGGAGAUAUUAUCACAUUCCUUGUUAUGCAGAUUACUCUUGAUAACAUGGUUCAUUCCUAUAAAAUCUGUGAUAAUAAAAAUGGUGAUGUUCAAAAGAAUAAACGCGAUGGUUGCUUAUGCAUAUUGAAUUCCCUGGUCAUAGGAACUAUGUGAUUGUUUAUUACCAAAUUUGUAUGAUUAUUUGACUUAUUUCUAUAUACAUGUAUAUUGGAAAAUAUUCCAUUAUAAAUACUUUCUGCUAAGUUAACCCUUUCAGUGCGGGAACCGAAUUUUGAAGGCCUUUGCAAACAGUUUGGAUCCAGAUGAGACGCCACAGAACGUGGCGUCUCAUCAGGAUCCAAACUGUUUGCUAUUCUGAUAAUAUUCUUUGAAAAAAAAAUCAAAGAAAAAGCUAAUUUUAGAAAUUCAGCACACAACAUUUUAGCAGACGACAAAUUUCCCAGCAUGCAAAGGGUUAAUUGUUUUGAAAGUAUUUCAGAGAAUAAGGCUGUAAUUUGUGAUCAUUAUAAUUUAGAUUCUUAUGAUUUGAGAAGUUUAAGAAGGGUUCACUUUAUUGAACAAACAAGUGUUUUCAGUUCUCUGUAAAUUUCUUUGCAUAAGAUUUUUAAAAAUGUUGUAGUUGAACUCAAGGUGUGUUAUGGUCAUCAAGUUGAUUUUGUCUUAAAUAGGUUGUUCAGUAUCAUUAAGAGUGAAGAGUUUUGUGUCAAGUUCUUGUAUACGGGCUGAUAUUCUUGGGUGUAAUUAAGAAAAUUAUUUUGUUCAAGAAUUGUAUAGCUGAGUAUAAUGUGGUGUACAAAUGAUUAAAAGGAAACAUAUUGUACUGUAUAGACAUUUCAAAUAUAACAAAAUUUUCACAAGUUAAUACAGUACUUAAAUUAUGGUCUAGUCCUCUCUCUGUUCCUCAUCUGACUGUCUGCUUUGGUUAAUUUGUGUGUUUGGAUCAUGCAACGUAUACUGUGUUGUAUUUUAUUAUGCUCCCCAAACAUUUUCGGGGAGCAUAUAGUUGCCAGUUUGUCCUUACUUCCUUACUUCCUUCCGUCACACUUUUGUUACAGUUUCUCAUAGCACCUUCAAUACUUUACCGAUUUUUUUCAUAUUUGGCAUGUAGGUACCUUGCAUGGACCUCUACCUUUUAAUGAAGUUUGAGGUCACUGGGGUCAAGGUCAAGGUCACCGAGGCUAAUAAUAUAUUUUUCUGUCACACUUUUGUUCCAGUUUCUCAUACCACCUUCAAUACUUUACCUAUCUCUUCCAUAUUUGGCAUGUAGGUACCUUGCAUGGACCUCUACCUUUUGAUGAGGUUUGAGGUCACUGGGCACAAGAUCACGGAGGCUAAUAAUAGAUUUUUCUGUCAUACUUUUGUUACAGUUUCUCAUAGCAACUUCAAUACUUAACCAUUCUCUUUCAUAUUUGGCAUGUAGGUUCCUUGCAUGGACCUCUACCUUUUGAUGAGGCUUGAGGUCACUGGGGUCAAGGUCACAGAGGCUAAUAAUAGAUUUUUCCGUCACACUUUUGUUACAGUUUUUCAUAGCACCUUCAAUAGUUUACCGAUCGCUUUCAUAUUUGGCAUGUAGGUACCUUGCAUGGACCUCUACAUUUUGAUGAGGUUUGAGGUCACUGGGGUCAAGGUCAAGGUCACUGAGGCUAAUAAUAGAUUUUUUAGGUGGUGAUUAACACAUAGAUUGACAAAGCGCAUCAUCAAGGAGCAUCCAUGAGUUUCACUGAUAUUCUUGUUAAUAUAUACAUAUCAUUUACAGUAACGGUAUUAAUUGUUGCCUAGUGUAGUGGGUGGUUUCAAUUUUUCAAAUAUCUCAUUUGCAUUAUAGGGACCAUAUUUAUAUUAAGACUGAACACAGGGCCUUCAUAAUGGGACUCUCCUUUGAUUUAUUUUACAUGUAUGGUUUUAAAAUUUUUUCGUUUGUGCAUGGAAAAUAUUUCCUACAAAGACAUCAAAUUUCAGGCAUUGAUUUAGCCAAUAUUUAUUGUUGAUUUCUUCAGCAUUGAUUAUCAAUAUUACUCGUUAAGAACAAUGAGUAUUGAUUAACCCAUGUAUGCCUAGCGUCAAGAAAAAAGGCCUUGGCAAACAGCGUAGACCCAGAUGAGACGCCGCAUGAUGCGGCGUCUCAUCUGGGUCUGCGCUGUUUGCUUAAAGGAAUUUCUGUAAGAAAUAUUCUAAAUAUAGAAAUAAAUAUACUAGACAUCCCUAAUUUUGGAAAUAAAUUGAUCCAAUUUAGAAGGAUGGGAGAGUCCACUAGGCAUAAAUGGGUUAAACGGAAGAUUGAUGCUUAGAUCAGGGUAAUAGUCAUGCCAAGUGCAAAGCAAUUUUCUUUCUCCAGAGGGUUUUCCCAUAAGUGUACCUUGUUUACAUUUCUUGGGGCCAUAGUUGUGUGGAUAAAGAAUAGUUCUGUUUAAGAUUCUCAUUUUUUAUGACCUAUCAGAUAUAUUUGGUUAAAAUUAUGCUAUUAAACAGAAUCAUUGUAUUGUUAGUAAUUAUCGUGAUAGUGAUCAAAUAAAUGAUUUUCAUUAAUUAUCUUUUGAAAAAAUAUGAUUACCAAAUAGUUAGUAAAAAAAGAACUUUUAAAAUGUUGUAUGUCAGUUUAAAGUGUAUUUUAUUACUGUAAGGUUUAUGCAAUAUUAUUUUUUGAGCACUUUGUUACCAUUAUAUAGCCCUCUUGUUUGAAAGAAACAAGAAUAAUACAUGUUAGUUAAACAAACUCAUAUGUUAACUGUGACAAUUGCUUAGCAAUUGCACUUUAAAUAUUGGCAGUUAUAAAGCCCUGAGGGAUGAACCUGUGUUAAUAUAUGUUUACAGUUUAUAACUUUAUUUACUGGUUAUUUUAUGUGAAAAUAAUGUGCAAUAUUUUUAUUUUAUAACAGGUUGAUGGCAUAAUGUUGCAAGCUAUUGUUUUGUUUAAUCAUAUUUGAACUUCUGUUGCUUUUUUGUGUUAGUAAGGUAUACAAUGCAGAAUAUUCCAUACCAUGGGUCUCUAAGUACAAGCUAGCUUUACAUGGUUAAAGGUAUGUGUGUAUAUUUUUUAUGCUAUUUGAGAGUCUGUUUUUGUUGAUAUGUGUGGUUAUUAGUCAAAUUAUUUAUCUCACCAUUAUACAAUUAUCUUUCAUAGUAGUGCAGUUGUCAAUAACUGGCAAAAGCAUGUGCACUGAUUAAACCAAUUAUUCCAGAUAAAAAAAAAGAAACUUAACUUAUCCCCAUUAAAUCACUGAAAAACGUUUCAAAAUGGUGAACAAUUCAAACAAGUAAACACAUAACUUAAAUAUGAUUUUUAUAUGACACUAGACUUGUAUCAUACUAAGAUCAUGUGACCAUUUAACCGUGUAAUCUGCAAGCAUUUUUCGUACUUAUUGUCUUGUUGCUCAGACUAAUGAAGUCACAUUCCAAUAUUAUAUAUUAUGUGCUAGAGUAUCUUAUUUUUCAUUAUGUUUUCUAUUUGGCCUUAAGGCCAAGCCCACAGUAGACACUUAUGCAUAUUCCUAACAUUUCUAUAGUGAAAGUACAUUUUCAUGUCUUGCCUAAUAUAAUUAGUUGUGAAUGAUGGGAUUUCAAAUUGAAUUAGCAUUAAUGAGUCCUGUUCUGAGAAAACUGGGCAUAAUGCAUGUUCGUAAAGUGUUGUCCCAGAUUAGUCUGUGCAGUCUGCACAGGCUAAUCAGGGACGACACUUUCCGCCUUAAUUGGAUUUUUGCUUAGAAGAGACUUCAUUUUAAUCAAAAAUGUCAUAAAAGCGGAAAGUGUCUUCCCUGAUUUGCUUGUGCCGACUGCAAAGGCUAAUCUGGGAUGACACUUAACGCACAAGCAUUAUGCCCAGCUUUCUCAGAACAAGGUAUAAAUGAUCAUCAUAUCUAGACAAGUGUUUAUAGUAUACUAUCACACAUCACUUGUUUUUCUGUACCCAAUGAAGUAAAGUGGGGACAUCAAUGUCCUUCAGACACAGUUUAUUCUAGUUGUAAGUAAGUCUUCUGUAAUUAACAUUACUUUGAAUAUCAUUCACGCUGUAGGUAUGUGAUAUAUAUCUUGUGCAUACUUAUUCCAAAUGUCUGACCAUUAUCAUGAAAAGUGUUGUUUAGUUAUGUAUCUAUAACUGCAUGACUUAAAAAAAUGAGACAAUCAGCGUGUAACCUAUGAAUUGUCUUAAUCCUUAUAAUUUAAAUGUAUUGAUGCUCUUUUAAAGUUGAAGGAGUUUAUAUGUCCACUAAAUCGAUUUUAUUUAUUGCAAACACUUCUAUAAUGGAGUAUCUGUAGAUAUUGAUGGUAAAGACUGAAUGAAUGUAUUGACAAUUUAAGAUGCAUAACAAACAAAAAAGCGUUUUAUAAGAAACAAGGUUCCUGUCAAGGCAUAAUAACAUGUACAGAAUAUUCAACCAGUGUCUAAUGUGUUGUGAUUCAAUUUCAUAUCAUUAUAAGUUAGCAUUUUUCAUAAAAAAAACUUUGUUAUUUUUUGCAACCAGUUAUCAUUUUAAGUGUUAAGGAAAGUAAAAUGAAAGCAUAACUUAUUACAUGACAUAGUUGAUAUAUAAAUAGUGAUAUUUUUAUUAAUUAAGUGGCUGAUAUGUACUGUAGAGGCUGAGGAAAUCCAUAUGCCUGCCUACACAACGGAUUUUUACGGAUAUUCAAUACAAUAGUUAUGUGUUGUGCAUUAAUGGAAUAUAAAGAGGUGAUGGUUAGUUUUGUAUUUACUAUUGUGGGACUUUCUUGUAACAGGUUUGGCAUGUCACAGUUGUGCAAUAUUUUGUGUAAUUUGUAAUGAAAAUUACAACUCACCAGUGAACAAUAAUUGCAAGCAAAUUUUAAACUGCAUAAUUAUUAUGUGGAACAUUUAUAAUAAUAGAAUAAUUGAUUAUCAGGCCGUUGGCAAUAUUUUUGUCAUAUGCUGUAUUCAAAAUGUAUCAUGUCAUUUGAAUUGUUUUCUAGAUGUGAAAGGUUUUGUGAACUGUUUUAUGUUUAAUGUUAUAAUGCCAUAAAUUGUCUAGUGUAUUAUCUUAGCAAAUGUUCUUGAGAAUGGAAAUCUGGCCUAUCUUUACAGUCUGUACUUAAAGUAAGCCCUUUCGUCUAAUUUACAACAAAAAGUGAGCAUUUUCAAUUAGAUCACUUUGUAGCUCUCUCUUAACGCAUUGCAAUAUUAUGCAUUUUAAUGGCUUUAUGCCCCCGGAUCGAAUGAUCGGGGGUAUAUUGUUUUUGGCCUGUCUGUCAUUGUAUGUGUCUGUCUGUGUGUCCCAAAACUUUAACCUUGGUCAUAACUUUUGCAAUAUUGAUGAUAGCAACUUAAUAUUUGGCAUGCAUGUGUAUCUCAUGGAGCUGCAGAUUUUGAGUGGUGAAAGGUCAAGGUCAUCCUUCAAGGUCAAAGGUCAAACAAAUCAAAGCGGUGCAUUUGGGGGCAUUGUGUUUUUGGCAAACACAUAUCUUGUUUGUUGAUAAUCUUCAGUUAUAAUGUGAAUUUCAGUAAAAUAAACUUUUUCAUAUGUUUAAACUUCUUCAUGUGUCUUCAGAUACAGUAAAUCUAUCAUUUGGGCAUCUUCUUGUGUUAAGGUGAAUUUGAAUGUGAAAAAACAACAACAAGAACAUGGCAAAUCUCAAUCUUUUGCUUAUAAUAAAAAAAAAAAAUAAUCUUCAUUUUUAUUAAUGAUGACAGGUUGUUAUCUGAAAACUAUUGAAACUACUUGUUGGAAAAUGUCCAUACAUUUCUUUUUUUCUUUAUCAAAACUAUCAUUUCUAGCCAGAUUUUCCUUAUAUGGUUUUCAGUGCAAUUAUGUGUCAUAAUAAUGUGUCAUAUAUUAUUGGGAUGAAAUUCUAAUAAACUAUUUAUCUCU